AUGGAAGCAAUCAUGAAAGGACAGCUAGUGGACUUAGACGGCUUAGUGGACAAGCAGGUUCCUACGAGGAAGAAGGAGGUUGGUAAUCUCUCCGGCCCAUGGGCACUGAAUGCAGCUGACGCCCUCAUCGUUAUCCACAGUGCUCCGGCUCACACCACUGUCGAAAUCCCCGUUGCCUGUUACCAGGUACUGAUUGAAUUGUUAUUUGUGGGCUAUCUUGUAACAAUGUAUGCGAGAUGCGGUAAGCUUGACUUGGGGGAACAGGUUUUCAGUAUGAUGAAUAAGAAGCAUGUUGUUUCAUGGAGUUCCUUGAUCUCAAGUUAUGGCAUUCAUAGAUAUGGGAAAAAGGCAAUACAAAUUUUUGAAGACAUGAUCAAUCAUGGAGUUUCACCGAGUCACAUUUCAUUUGUUAGUGUCUUGGGGGCUUGUAGUCACGCAGAUCUUGUUGAAGAGGGGGAAAUAUUGUUUGAUUCUAUGGUUAAAGAACAUGGAUUAUAUCCCAGUGUUGAGCACUAUGCUUGUAUGGUGGAUCUUCUUGGUCGUGCCAAUCGGUUAGAUGAAGCAGCCAAAGUCAUAGAUAAUAUGCGGAUUGAGCCAGGAGCUAAAGUUUGGGGCGCUCUUCUUGGAUCAUGUAGAAUACAUUGAAACGUUGAGCGCGAGAGAGCAAGUAGAAGGCUAUUUGAGCUUGAGCCUAGGAAUGCUGGGAACUAUGUACUUCUAGCUGAUAUUUAUGCUGAAGCCAAGUUGUGGGACGAUGUAAAAAGAGUGAAGAAGCAUUUAGAAGCUCGAGAACUCCAAAAGGUCCCAGGUCGGAGUUGGAUUGAAGUUAAAAGGAAGAUAUACUCAUUCAUUUCCAUUGACAAGUUUAACCCACAGAUGGAGCAGCUCCAUGCAUUGUUGGCUGAAUUGUCGGCAGAGAUGAAAGACCAGGGAUAUAAGCCGCAAACUAAAGUUGUCCUGUAUGGUCUCGAUGAGGAAGAGAAGGAACGAAUAGUAUUAGGCCAUAGUGAAAAAUUAGCAGUUGCAUUUGGACUCAUAAAUUCCAAAAGAGGGGAAACUAUUAGGAUUUCCAAGAACUUAAGGUUAUGUGAAGAUUGUCACCCCGUUACAGAGUUCAUUUCUAAAUUCGCCAAUAGAGAGAUUCUGGUUCGAGAUGUGAAUCGGUUUCACCAUUUCCGUGACGGGGUUUGUUCAUGUGGAGAUUAUUGGUAGUUCCAGGUAGAUAUUUUUUCCUAAUAUAUAAAGGGGAGACUUUCGAGGUUUAUAGAGAUCUUAAAGGUGUAUAGUGUAUACUAGGAACACCGUUAAGAAUUAAUAAAAAAAUUUGAUAUUUUAUGAUUCAU